AUGGGCAAUAGUCAAUCGGAUAUCAAACAUUCCUUUGGAUCGAGAAACAUCCCAAAACAUUUGAAGCCGCUGAAAAAGAAGAAGAAAUCAAAGAAGUCUAGCAACAGCAGUAACGUGAAUCUCUCAGCAGCAGUAGCAGCACCACCAAUUCCACCACUUCCAAUCUUACUGCUGAAUACUAGCAGUAAUGAGGAUGAUGUACAUUUGGCAGGCGAAGAGGCAGAUUUUGUUGGAUCUGGUCCUCGUGGCGCUUUUCGAUGGUUCAAAGGCCGAAGGUAUCUAAAUCAUGCUGAAGAGGACGGCUUGAACAAGAAUUUAUUGCCAAAUGACCAGCUGGAGCUAGACAGAAUGAGAGUGUUGGCUUUUAUAAUUAGAUGGGCAUUUAAAGGUAAUAAUGUUGCUCCGGUACAAGACAAGUUACAACAGGGGAUACAGGUGUUGAAUGUGGGAUAUGGGCCUGGCAUGUGGCCUGGUCAUCAUAUCAUCGAUAUGGCAUUAGAUCACUACAAUUCACAUUUCACUGCUGUCGAUGUGUUAGAUUUGUUGCCUGCUGAUUUUGAAGACACUGAGGCUAGUAUUGCUUCAAAUCAAGACGGCCAUGAACUGAAAUCACCUCCUGCUCAGGUGAACAAUCUGACAGUAUUCACCCCAAUGCAUCCAAACCUAUCAUCCAAGUUACAAAACACCACAACUCCUGUGAUAGAUUCGUCCACAUUAGACAGCAGCUUUUUAUUAUCGCAAAUCGAUGAAAUGGAUUCAUCUAACAUAAGCAGUUGCAUGACUGUCGAGAGCAGUGUGAUGAGCACCAGCAAAGAAGAGAAUGACGAUGAUGCCCAUUUAGAUACACUCCAUGUGCCACUGUUGCUCGUCAAUGGGGAACCAAAGCAACCAUCGGCACCAGCACCGUGUGAAGCACCAAAGAAGCGUACAUUACUGCACAACCUUGAUUUCUAUCAGGCAAAUGUGGUGAAUGCUAAAUUGCCUUUUGCAGACAAUCACUUUGACUAUGUGAAGCAAAGACUUGUAACAGCCUCGUAUACGCUUGCUGAUUGGAAACGAGUGAUGGCUGAAUUGGUUCGUGUCACUAAACCUGGUGGUUACAUCGAGCUGCUAGAAAUUGACUAUAAUACACACAAUUUGGGGCCCAACGGAAGGAAAUGGGAAAGAGAAUUAAUAGAGGCUGCUCGACUAAAAAGACAAAUGGAACCAAGAAUCGCUCGACAUUUGGCCGAUCUUUUAAAAACGGUAGGUUUGAUCGAUGUAUCCUCAAAGCUUGUAUCUAUCCCUCUUGGAUCAUGGGGCCUGGAUCUUGGGGAAUUGUGGAAACAAAAUAUGGAGAAGUUUGCGGAUUCAACAAGCCCACUGCUGAGCAAACUAACCGGUGUCUCUGUGAGCGAGUAUCGAAGACAGUGGUAUAAUCUACUUGAUGAGGUGCGUGAUAAACAGGCAUUCAGCAACAUUCACGCUGCUUGGGGAAGAAAGCCUCUUGAUUACGACGAUGGCAAUGUAAUCGCGAUCGAUUGGAGUUUGUGCCCCCCUUUCUCCACAAAAUUAUGA